AUGUCCAAGCCAUCACGGCCACCACCAAAAGUGUUCGCCUCACCACGGAAAAAGUCGGAAAUGCAGCGGGGACCUGAGGCUCGGGGUGUAGCACGCAGCAAGUCGAUCAAAGCCAAGCUGCGAAAGGCGUUGGCGCCGUACCUAACUUCGACUUACCUGCAAUCCGAAAUUGUCAAGCACUUUACCAAGGAAUUCCUCGCCGCGCAUCCACCACCCGAAAACGAGGACGACCUGCCAGCCUACGUGGAGCAGCACCUGUCCGAGCUGACCCGGGUCACUGAGCGCUGGACGGGCUGCGUCAUGAGGGCCCUGGACCCCCUGGCGCACGAGCUGGAGGUGGAUGUGAAGCUGGAGCAGCCGGUGACUAGCCCUGUCGGGGCGGUCAAGGAGUCGGUUCGGAUGAAGAGUCCCCGGGGCCCCUCAGUGGGAGGUUCCCGGCUGGAGAUCUCCUCCGAGCCCCCCAGUGGUGAGGGCGACUGCGAGGAGGGCCCCUACCCGCACGAGGAGGACCUGGAUGCGCCCCCCCGACCCGAGGGGGGCCUCACACCCUCACAGAUAUUCGGCGCAGUGCACCUUGUGUCGGAUGUGAAGGUGUGGCAACAGAUCCUGGCCGCUCAGCGGGCGGAGGAACGACGACAACACGCCAUUGCCGAGCUGCACCUGCACCAUGCCGCCCGGAUCAUCCAGCGCUCGUGGCGUAACUUCGUCACUCAGAAGAAGGAGGAUCAGGCCCGGCUGGAUGCCCUGGUGUCCCCUGACGUGCAGGCCAUGUUGAGUGCCGCCGCCUACAAGGCCAUGAGGGACGCGCGUAACAAGUUGGCCGUCAUGAAGCUCAGGAGGUCCAUCAGCCGGAAGUACAAGGGGUUCGGAUCCACGACCCCCCGCGACCUGGACCCCAUUGUCCGAACACCAGCGCCAAUAACCCCGGCGGCUACGAGCAGCAGCACGGCACAGCCCUCCCUGCCCUCCCUGCCGUACACAGCUCGGAAGCAGCAGCGGCACGGCAACCAGGACAGCACGGCGAACUCCAGGUUGGGCGGUCGUGGGAGGUCGGACAGCGGCGAGAGUGCUGGUGCCGGUGGCGGUGGUGGCAAGGACACCGGCUCGAGCGCGGGCGCCCGCUCCUUCGCCGCCCGGUCCGCCCACAUCAUCACCCGGCUGGUGUCCAUGAAGGACCUCCAGAUGGGGGACACCGGGCAGCAGCAGCGAGGAGGGGGAGGGGGAGGGGGGGCGGAAGAUGGAAGUGGUGGGGAUGGUGCUGGGGAAGCGGAGUCGUCAAGGUUACGUGGUUCCGGAGCUGGGGUUGGUGGUUCCGGAGUGCGGGGAGGAGGGCAGGGAGAGCAGCAGCAGCAAGGUCGUCAGUCCCGGGGCCAGCUCCCGGAAGGGGAGGAGGAGGGAGAGGAUGAUGACGAUGGUGAAGGACUGAUGUUGUUGGAGGAGGAGGAGGAGGAGGAGGAGGAGGACAGUGAGUGCGCUAGUGGAUCCGAGUUAGAUGAGGGGGAGACGGCGGAGGCGGCGAUGGAGGAGGCGGAGGAGGUGGUGCAGGUCGCGGCGAAACUGGCAAAGGCGUUCAUGGGCGCCGAAGACAGCGACGACGACAGUGACGAAGACAACGACGAAGACGGAGACGGGGCCGCACUAGGGUUUCGGAGCAAGACUCCCAUGGGUGAUGAGGCCCUCGCAGCGCUAACCGCGGUGGAGGCGGCGGCGGCGGCGGUGGCGGCGGGGGGAGAUGUUGACGGCAAGGCAGCGGCGGCAGCACGGAUGGCGGCACUGAUGUCGGCGUCGGGUAUUCGCGCCGUGGGCGAGGGCGUUACUGCUUUACCUGGAUCCGGAUCCGCAUUGGGAUCUGGAUCCAAUGGCGGCCCGCAGGCGAGGGUUCACCGCGGCCGUUCGAUGGUCAAGGACGCCAGCAUGUUGCGGCAAAUGAUCGCGGGGGCCCUGGCGGCGGCGGCGGCGCCGGUGUUGGGCAGGAACGGUGCUCUGGCAGUGGCGCAGAUGGGCUUGGGGGACCUGCUACAGCUGCCAGGCGCGAAAGGCCUGCUGCCCAAAGCCGCCGCCGCCCUGGCUAGCAGUCGCCCUGCAGCUGCUGCGUCCGGGGGCAAACUGGCGGCUGUGGGUCGCGGAGUCAACCAGCCCCUGCAGCCAGCGCAGGCCUCGGACGUCAAGCUGGCGGGGCCCCAGCCUACCCACACUGGCGGCGGCAAAGCCGUCAGCGGCGGUUUCGGAGACCUAGGUCGCCGUGGCUCCGACGGCGGUAUUUCCCACCCGGCCAUGUCGUCACAGCGUACGGGGCCGGGGGCUCCGUCACGGAAGACCAUCAGCGGCGACGUCCUGGACGCCGCCUCCCUGGUGAACUUCAACAGCAGCAUCAGCGCCGUCUUGGGAAACCCCCACCGCCCGCCACCACCUCGUAUUGCACCGCUACACGGCAGCAGCGGCGGCGGACCUGUCACUCUGCCUGCUGUACACGCCAACGGUGGGGAUUUCGUAUUUGAGGCGGGGGGAGGAGGAGAUGCAGCCGCCGGCUGGCGCAUCUCCCCAGCAAAUCUUCCUGGCGGUGGCGGCGGCGGCGGCGGUCCGCGCGGUAGCCCGACGGGAGUGUCGGCGGCAGCGGCAGCGGCACGGGCGACACAGCCCUGGACGUCAGCCCGACGUCACGCCCAUCCCCCCGGUGCCCACACAAUGGUCAGUUCGUUACCCGACCCCCGCAGCCCCAACAAGGACGGAGGAGGUAAACCCCGGGAGCUGAACUGGCUGCUGCCGCCAAUUAAUCGAGGGGGCCCCGCGGGGCCGCCAGGGGGAGCUGCAGCGGCGGCGGCGGUGACGGCACAGGCUGCUGCCCACUCUUUGGCGGCGGCGGCAACGGCUGUUGCCGUACACGGCGGGGCCGCUGGCAACUUGGUGCCCCGUGUUCCUAGUGAUUCCAGUAUGCAGAGGCUGCUGCUCGUGCAGGGGGUCGGGACGAGUAGCUUUAAUAGCGGUGGAGGUGGAGGUGGAGGCGGGGUUGUGGCGGGAGGUCCUGGAGCGAUGGCUGCGGCUGCUGCGGCGGCGGCAGUUGGACGAGCACGUGCCGGUGCCGGUGCGAUGGGGAGCUCCCUGGACAGCUCGCUACAGCAGAUACGGCAACAGCCCGGCGGUCAGGUGUGGUUCGAUGAAUUACUUUCUCUGGUGACCCCACCGAGAAGUGUGGAACACAUGAUCCCCCCGGGCGUAGGGGAAGUCACCAAAACCUUGCUCAAGAAUAAUGCAUAA